AAAGCUCAGCUUGGAUCUUUGACUGGAAUACAUUGACAAUGGGUUUAGCUGGACCGAAGAACAAGCAGCGCAUUAGUGCUGAUCCCAAUAACCUCCAUUGGAGCACUGACACUGGAAAGUUCGGCCACAAAAUGCUCACCAAGAUGGGAUGGGCACCUGGAAAAGGUCUUGGCGCUAACGAGGAUGGCAAUACAGACCACGUCAAAGUUAGACUGAAGGACAACAAUUUCGGUAUUGGUGCAAACAAGAAGAAUAUGGACAACUGGCUGGACAACACCGACGCUUUCUCCAGACUUUUGGCUGAUCUUAAUGAGCGAGUGGGUAGCGAGCAAAGCACUCCAACAGCUGGAUCUCCAGCAUCCAACGAAGAGGAAACUGAUGAAAAUGACAGUGCCACAGAAAAGGAAUCCAAGAAGAAGUCCAAGAAGGAGAAAAAGGACAAGAAGGCAAAGAAGGAGAAGAAAUCCAAAAAGUCAAAACCGUCAAAGAAGGAAGACAGUGAAGAUGAGGAAAGCGAUACUGUCGCAGUUGUUACGACCACUACAACCUUCCGUAAUGCGGCACGCGCAAAAUUCUUGCGAGCAAAACGACUUGCUAAUGGAAAGGAUAUGGAAAGCAUGAGCCAGAUUCUCGGCAUCAAAUCAAACUCUGCAUCAGCUAAUGCUUCGCCAGUUUCGUCACCUGUUGUAUCAGAGGAGACAGUGCAAGAAAUGGAGAAUACAACUAAUGUCCCAAUGACUGUGAACAAAAUGAAUGUGCAAGACUAUUUUGCGUCAAAAAUGAAGAACGUCAAAGUUUCAGGAAUUGCAGCAAGUGGUCUCAGUAAGUCUUGUAUAUUAUAGGGUAAACAUACUGCAAUGAACUGGCUUUUAAUACUUUGCCGAAAAUUUAGAAGCAUCAUUCGAACAGGUGGAAGAGGAGGAAGUAAGGCCAUCGUUCGGAGGUAUCGGGUUCAGCGGUUCAGAAGAAUCGUCUCCGGCCCUUGGC